UUGUGCAACUUGAUUACUUUCGAUACCGAUAUCGAUAGCAACAGACAAUUCCUUAAAACGCAGCGCCAACAAUGAACAAUUCAGAGAAUCAACAUCAAAAUGCCAAUGAGCAAUUAACAAAUCUAUCCGUAAUUGAGGAAAAACAAAAACAAAAGCACAUGCAGCUUUUACAUCAAUACAACGACCUUAAGGACGCUACCGAAAUCGUGCUAGGAGCCUUGGCACAAGCAAAAGGAUUACCAGUAAAAGAAAUGUACAAAAUAUAUAAUCUGCCAAAGCAUGAGUAAUUAACCAGAACAAGAUAAACAUAUGUACAUACGAUA